AUGUCGACAAAAGAAGUUUGCAUGUGCACAGUCGAUGGUAUACUGGAGAACAGCAUGCAGGAUAUUACAGGCCUUAAGCAUAUGUGCUCAAGGAUGUUCCUGGAGACUGUCUCCAAGCAUCUGAUACUGGAAGCAAUGGCCACAUGCCAGAUAUUACAGGCCUUAAGCAUAAUAAUGCCCGAGGAUGUUCCUGGAGGACAGGCCCAAACAUCUAACGACAGAAGUAAUGGCUGUACGCCAGUAGGGCUGCGCACGACUGGCACAAUAAGAAAUACAUAUACUGGCCUUGAUAAAGAUAACUUGGAUUAA